AUGACUGGGGGACGAGCCCUGGCCCUUGACGUAGUGGACGAGUUCGGCCCGCUCGAUACGCCACUGCUCGAACGUCUAGAACUCGUCGUUGUUGUUUUUGGCCUCUUCAUCGUCGUCACGGACGAUGCCGAGCAUCGCUAUCUGAGUGGCGACGAACGUAUUGAUGAUAUCCUCGAAAGCGGGCACGGUCGCGUAAGUGAUGACCCACCACUGAUCCGACGGCAGCUUGUCGCUGGCAUUGACCGUUACAUAGACCAGAAUCGACCACUCCCGUUUGUAGCAGUCGCCGGUAUAAAGUAUUUCGGCGCCGUCCUUGACGAAGACGUCCAUCUGGUGCAGCGGGCACUAGAUGUGCAGGAUAUGGUGCUCAGCCUCGUGGGCCAUGCGCGUCUCCAGGUCGUUGAGUCGCCCGACCUUAGUCGGCUCGCCGUCACUGCCGGAUUUGAUCAGCUUGUGGCGCCAAAGGCUGUACAGCGCGUUCAUGAACUCCACCAGCAUGUUUAA